CGCGAUGACAGCCACAGAUCGUCCAACCGCAGUGCACACUGGGAAAUUCUUUCUCUCCGAGGCCAUAUUGGGAGUAUCAGGCUGUUGGCCCGAGUGGACUAAACGGCAACGAUGGUGGCCACAAAGAAAACAAAAAAGUCCCUGGAGUCCAUCAACUCCCGACUCCAGUUGGUGAUGAAGAGCGGUAAAUAUGUGCUGGGAUACAGACAGUCCCAGAAAAUGAUCCGUCAGGGCAAAGCCAAGCUGGUUAUCCUGGCCAAUAACUGCCCAGCUCUGAGAAAAUCAGAGAUUGAGUACUAUGCCAUGUUGGCCAAAACCGGUGUCCACCACUACAGCGGCAACAACAUUGAGCUGGGAACAGCCUGUGGAAGAUACUACAGAGUGUGCACACUGGCCAUCAUUGAUCCCGGUGACUCUGACAUCAUCAGAAGCAUGCCAGAGCAGCAGCAACCAGGCGAGAAGUAGACGCUCUUCCUACACUGCUGUUUUAAAUAAAGUUGGUUAAAUUGUCAA